GAAGUAGUUAAGAAGGCAGCCAAGAACUUUGCAAAGAGGUUUAGACUGAGCUUUAAGGCUGAAAGAGGGGAAUAAAGAGAGGGGAAAUAUUAAUAUAUGUAUCUCUCAGCGAGCACAGCGCGAGUUCAUCUGAAGAGACCGUGAGACGGAGCAUGGUGCAGCAAACGGAGCACAGCGAGACGGAGAGCAGCAUGUCCCGGGAGGCCACGGACACCGAGGAGGCAGAGCUGACGGCGUGCAGCCCGGUGCCUCCGAAGCCGGACUGGUGCAAGACUGCGACCGGCCACAUCAAGAGACCCAUGAACGCCUUCAUGGUGUGGUCCAAGAUCGAGCGGAGAAAGAUCAUGGAGCAGUCGCCGGACAUGCACAACGCCGAGAUCUCCAAGCGGCUGGGAAAGCGGUGGAAAAUGCUGAAGGACAGCGAGAAGAUCCCCUUCAUCAGGGAAGCCGAGCGGUUACGGCUGCAGCACAUGGCCGAUUACCCCGACUACAAGUACAGACCCAAGAAGAAGCCAAAGCUGGACUCAAACUCCUCAAAGCCGGCGGGACUCUCUCCGGAGAAGAGCAGCAGUAAUAAAGCCUCGGGGGUGAAAUCAUCAGCAUCAGCAGCGGCCAAGAAGUGCGCGAAAGUUAAGCCCAGUAAACCCAGCGGUGUGAGUGUCACCUCCUCCUCCUCCGCCGCGGUGAAAUCCUCUCAUCACUCCCAGCACCACCAUCUCCACCACCACCAAGACGCGAGGUACAACUACGCGUUCACGAACUUAAAAGUCUCCAAGUCCAUCAAGAGAGAGCUGACGGACGACGAGGACGACGACGAUGAUGACGACGAAGACGACGACGAGGAGGACGACGACUACGAGGACGAGCUGCCCACUCGGAUUAAAGUGGAGGAAGACGAGGAGGAGCACCGGCAGCUGCAGCGGCUCAGGCCGUACGGCGUGGCCAAAGUCCCCGCGAGCCCCACGCUGAGCUCCGCCGCGGAGCCGGAGUGGGCGAGCAUGUACGAGGAGUCGAGGCAGGGCGGCAGACUUUUCUACAGCUUCAAGAACAUCACCAAGCAGAGCUCCACACACUACCUCCCCGCCUCCUCCUACUCCUCCUCCGCCUCGGCUUCUCCAGCCUCCUCCUUCCGCUCCCUCUCCACCUCCUCCAGCUCGGGCGACGACGCGGACGACCUGCUGGUCGACUUCAGCUUGAACUUGGCCGCCGGGCACCACGCAGCGGAGCUGGGCAGCGGCUCGGGGAACCUUUGCCUUUCUCUGGUGGAUAAGGAUUUGGACUCGUUCAGCGAGGGCAGCCUCGGCUCGCACUUCGAGUUCCCGGACUACUGCACCCCGGAGCUGAGCGAGAUGAUCGCGGGGGACUGGCUGGAGGCGAACUUUUCAGACUUGGUGUUCACCUGCUGAGCGCAGCCGGGUUUUAUCUAGUUAGCUAACAGCUAACUUUAAGGCUACAUAACCCGCUGCUCCGCUCCGCCAGUCCUCCGCCAGCCGGGAGCACGACUCGAAUCUUCAGGUUCUUUUUUUUAAAAGACUCGUCCUCUGCCGGUGUGAGGAGAGGAAGCGAAGCCGGGAGCGUUUAGAGGAAGGUAACCUAACUAGCUAAACACCGCAAAAAAGUGACAUUUGUCGCCAUGACAGGGUUUUAUGGGUGCCCCCCCUUCUUCUAUCUUUUUCUGUCUGUCUGUGUGAGAGGGGCCGCAGUAAAACUGCUAGCUAGUUAACUAGCUAACCUAAUGUUAGCUAACCUGAAGUGGACGGUAAAAUGUACAAACAUGAACUAACUAUGCAUUCCCGUCCCGCCCCGUGUCCUCUCUACAGGGAGCUAAAACCCGGCUGCUGGUCUGAGAGGGAGAAAAGGAGGCUAAAAUCUCUUAAACACUGUUCAGGAUGUUAAAAAAAAAAACAACUUUUAUGUGAUUUUUCUGUACGCCAUAACUGUUUUCUGUUUUCUGACCGGUUCCGUUCCCCCUCCACGUGUGGAGAGAUGUUAAAGCAGACAAACUGUUGUAGAACCCACAGGUAUGGCAGGAAGCAUUUUUGAUACAUAACCAACAUACCUCAUCUUUUUAAACUUAAAAAAAAAAGAAGUGAAAUAUUUUCUGGCUUAUUUUUGUACAGUUAAAGGGAAUGUUCUUACUGUGCUCUCAGUGAGGUUUCUUCAGGCACUUCUACCCGGUUUCAUUGAUUUCCAGCAUGCAAGGGUUAAAAGAGGAGAAAGAUCUCAUGAACUUGCAUCUAAAAUGCCUUGUUAUUAUUUCAGUCUAGGCUGUGUACAGUUGUAGAUCUGACCAUGCGUUUCUCUAGAGAUGUACAAUGGAAUUGGGGAAUUAUAGACCUCAUUGCUGGUACUAGAUUCAAGAUUGUAUAUGUUCUGUAAUAUAGUAAAGCUAGGAGUUUAUGUAUAUCAGUGUGAAUGGGUCCCAAAUAGCAGGUGUGAAAAAAAAACUCAUUUUUUAUCAUCUUUAAUGGCACAUUUUUUUUUGUUUUGUUUUUCUCAUUAUUUUGUGCAAUAUACUCUUGAAAUGGACCAUCUGCGUUUUUUUCUAGCAAAGGAAAUGCAUUACAUGUCGUCAUGCUGAAAGUCUGUAUCUUGGCAAAUAAAUCAGCUGGAACUGA